UUCAGUGACCUAAACUAAAAACAGUGAAUAGUCAUUUCAAUUUUUAAAUAAAUUUAACUACAAAUAUUAUUUUAAGAUGAAUCAACAAUGCAAAGUUUGUGGUGAACCAGCAGCAGGAUUUCAUUUCGGAGCUUUUACCUGCGAAGGUUGUAAGUCUUUUUUCGGGAGAACAUACAACAACCUUGGAAGCAUUUCGGAAUGUAAAAAUGGUGGCAUAUGUGUUAUUAAUAAAAAAAACCGCACCGCAUGUAAGGCUUGUCGUUUGAGAAAGUGUCUUAUGGUCGGUAUGUCCAAAUCGGGUUCAAGAUACGGACGCCGUUCUAAUUGGUUUAAAAUUCACUGCCUACUACAAGAACAAUCGAAUAAUAGUCAAUCGACGAGUAAUCUAAAUACGGGGCCAUUCAACGCCAACUUUCUGCCGAGCUACCUUCCAGGUUUGCAGUCACCAACACAGCAAUGUUUACUUUACGGUGGAGGCAAAGAGAGCUCUGAGCAAAGUUCACAAAGUCAAGAAGAGCAAGCGUUACAGUCUCAUUUAUUUCAUAUUGCAAUGAUACAGAAGCAAAGUCAACAGCAAAAUUGUGAAUCAAUUAAAGUGCAGGCACCCGAGGAACUUACUCUUCAAAACCAACUCAAACUUUUAGGUUGGCAAAAAGAAGAAGAUCGACCAGUCGGACCAUUGAUCAAUACUUCACAUCACAAUAGCAAUAGUACACCACCUUCAAGUAUGUCUUACAAGGAAUUCGUAACAAGUACAAGUGUUUUUUCUUUGUCGGGUGCGAAUUUUGGACAAAGUGAAUCGCCUCUCGAGAUAUUUAGACCUUUACCAUUUUUGCCAGUAUAUAAACGUGCUACGGAAACACCCAGUGACAGUGGAGCUUCUUCGGCCGAAAGCGAAGAACAAGAUAGUAAAGCUAAAACAACCGAUAGACAAAUUCGUGAACAUGAUAAUACUUCGGAACCGAGAUCUGCAUUUCCCCCCAGGAAAAUAAAUGCCACUGUGACUUUAACGACUUCUGAAUUUUUAACACAACACGAUCGAGAAUUCGUAUACCCGUUGUCCGAAUUGGUGACCCCAGCAACUAAGCAUCACUCGCUUCGAGGUGGAGACCUGAUACCUGCAUCGCCAAAUCCAGGUGGUCUCGCUGUAGAGCAAGUUGAGCCUAUUGAUUUAAGUGUUCGACCGCUCAAGCCUUGCCAUGGAUCUAGUAAACCUGAAAUCAAUGAGAAAACUAAUGCUGAAGUCCGAAACAAUUCCAGUCCUAAUGAUCUUGAACUCGAUAGUGAAACUAUUGCUAAUAGUGAUUCUGUCACAGUCAAAAGUAAUCCACUUGACCUCAGUCUUGACAUAAAAAGACCAACGAAAGUGUCUCUUUGAAAAAUUGAUCACUGUUUCAACCAAAAACUCAAAUCACUAAACACCAUUCAGAAUUGAUUGUUUUAUAAAAUAUUUAGAAAAAAGGGUGGUCUAUAAUUUUUCAGGUCCUUUCAAGGUAUUACAAAACAUCGAGAUACAUACAAUUGUUUUUCGAUGAACUCUCCGAAUCCUGCACUUCUUAGAAUAUUUUUUUUAAUUUAUGAAAAUCUUUCAUAGGAGAUUUACAUUCAAUUGUCUUUUCAUUAAAAAAGUAUUAACUCACGUUAUCGACAAAUUACAACUUGAAGAGUCUGGAAAAUUUAGGCUGGAAAACGUUGUGGAAUUAAAAAUAUUAUUUCCAUGGCGUCCCUUUAAAUACCAAAUUACGAUUUGAUAUUAUCGUAAUUAAUAUUGGAUUAAUAAUUAAAAAUUGAAACAUACCAAGAUUAAAGUUUGAGUUUAUACAUAAAAUGUAGCCAAGAAUAGAAUCUGCUACCGUAAUUAGUCACAGAAUCUACGAAAGCAUGUUGAUAAGUACCCUUGUUCAUAUAUGACUGUCAAAAAAUAACGUAGAAAGAUUGAAAGGACAUUAGAAGCGCCAAAAAAGUACCAUUAAAUACACAUUUUUAUGACAAGAGUGUAAACAAAAUUACUUGAUCAAGUUCGAACAAUCCUUUCGUCUUAAAUUGGCUUUACAUCAUAAAGCUAUGCUAAAUUAGUUUUCAAUUAGAACACAUGUGGUGAUAGCGUGCAAUUGAACUGUCAAUGUGAAAAGCUCUGAUUAAACUUUUUAUUUCAAAUUUCAUUACAUCAUCAUUUAUUAAUUUUCUAAUCGAUCUAAUAAUCUUUGAAAGGCUAAACACCUUUUGGUAAAGUCAAGUACAUUUUUAAUUUAUGCGAUACUGUUAGCUAUAAAUAUUAUUAUUUAUAAAAAUCAUAAUAUUUCAACAACUUAAA